UGACGCAAGCUCACAUUCUGUUACCACUUUUCAUUGCUCCUUUUUCGUUCUUUCGUUCCAGUGAAUUGGUUGCUAACCAAAAUGGAUCUAGGUAUUAUGGCAAUACGACAAUAACAGCUACAUUGUUUCUACCUGAUGGUGACUUGACGGUAGCAUUUGGAGUGAUAUUUCACCUCUAUAUGCAAACGAUAUUCACUGUCCUCCUGUUACCCACUGUUGUCUCACUCGAGUUUCUCAUGUUAUUUUCACAGGAACCAAUAGAACCUCUCGGUGAUGGCAAUCGUGCGUUGGGGCCUAUUCUGAUCGUGGCUGUGAAACAGACAUUGACGAAGCUCUCGCUUUUCUUUUCUCGGCGCACAUACUGGCUAACGGGCUCGCGCUUGCCUCGAAUGUGCUUUCUUCUCUCCACAAAGCUCAAGAACCACGAAUCACGUUUUAUUUUCAUCCUUACUACUCCUGUUGGACAGUGAAACGCAAACAGAUUCCUUUGCGACUACUCUCAAAGGCUGCCAAGGUUUCACUUUCUCGCACAGUUCUCGAUUUCAGAACAGAUCCUUUUGCUCAUUGGUCAACCAUAUGUCCCGUGUCAAAAGCCGUCAAGUUUCUAGAGGAGACGAAGAAAAUUGGUGCAAAUAUAGUGUACAAAAGUCUGCGUUUGUAAUAAUUUUAAAGCAACAACUGAAGGUCACCG